AUGAGUAGGAGUCUUCCGCGUCCAUUUUUUGGAGCUAAUUUACUGCACCUAGAAUUUUAUUUUUAGGGGGGUGUUAUUAAUGGUAGUAUGCUGGGGCUUGAAUUAAUGGGAAAAGGUUCUGGAGGAGAUGGUGGUGUUAUAAUAAACUCCUCGUCCAUUGGCGGGGUAACUCUUCUCUUGAAAUUUAUUCCUGUGUAUUCGGCGACAAAGGCAGCGGUCGCUCAUUUUUCUCGAUGUAUUGCAUUGACAGCGCCGAAUGACUAUGGUGUGAGAGUGAAUUGUAUAGCUCCUGCUGCUGUUGAAACAAAUAUGUUGAACUCGUUUAUAAAUUCUCUUCGGAGUGGAAAAUUAAAAGCCCCGGAUGAUUAUAUGCAGCAAAUCCCAAAAACUGACGAAGAGUUGCGCAAUCGCGCUAUUAAGCCAUCUGAUAUCAGCAAGGAAGUGAUGAAACUUAUAAGUGAUGAGUCGAAGAACGGUCAGGUUCUAUUGAUAGAAAAGAAUCCUCAAGAUCAAACUCAGAUCAAAGUAGAAAAUCUUGAUUUCAAGUAAUUGAAUAGCAUAGAUUGCAAAA